UUUCAUUCGCGCUCUGUGCGUCGACUGAUAUGUCGUAUUUCGGGCUGUGACGUUCCGUUUGUCUAUGGGAGUGUUCGUUCGUAUUGAAUUUGUGGAAAUAAAAUUUGAUGUCCCGACAAAUAAGAGCAAGUAUUGUAAUUUUUGCAUGACAGUGAAUAAAGUAAUUGCUUGAAUAUGGCGUUGGAGGGUGUGAAGAGUGAAAAGUGCGAGGAAAACAACGGCAAUGUGCCAGACGGCAAGGCGAACGGGAUCGACAACAAGAGUAAACAGAUAGAUCCAAACACAGCAUUUUUGCGAGCAGCACGUGCCGGUCAGCUCGACACAGUAAUUGAGCUCCUCGAUUCGGGCGCUGUCAAAGACAUCAACACAUGUAAUACGAAUGGACUGAAUGCUCUUCAUCUAGCAGCGAAAGAUGGUCACAUAUCAGUGGUCGAGGAGCUGCUCAAACGGGGCGCCACCGUGGACGCUGCAACUAAAAAAGGCAACACAGCCCUACACAUAGCAUGUCUCGCGGGGCAGGAGGCGGUGGCGAAAGCCCUUCUCGGGGCCGGGGCGAAGGCCGACGCCCAAUCCGCAGCAGGCUUCACACCUCUCUACAUGGCUGCACAAGAGAAUCAUGCUGGAUGCGUCAAGAUGCUGCUUGCCGCUGGAGCCAGUCAAACUCUCGCUACAGAAGAUGGUUUCACGCCAUUAGCGGUGGCCAUGCAGCAAGGACACGACAGGGUAGUCGCGGAACUACUGGAAUCCGACACAAGGGGCAAGGUUCGAUUGCCGGCGUUACACAUCGCGGCCAAGAAAAAUGACGUGAAAGCGGCAACUCUGCUGUUAGAGAACGAGCACAACCCGGACGCGUGCUCCAAGUCGGGGUUCACGCCGCUGCACAUCGCGGCGCACUACGGGAACGCGGGCGUGGCGCGCGCGCUGCUGGCCGCCGGCGCGGACCCCGCGCGCGCCGCCAAGCACGCCAUCACGCCGCUGCACGUGGCCAGCAAGUGGGGCCAGCUCGCCAUGCUCGACCUGCUGCUCGAACACGGCGCGAAUAUAGCAGCAGUGACCCGCGACGGUCUGACCCCGCUACAUUGCGCGGCGCGAUCCGGACACAGCAAUGUAGUGUCGCGGCUGCUGCAACACGGUGCGCCGAUCACCAGCAAGACUAAGAAUGGACUGACUCCUCUCCACAUGUCCGUGCAAGGCGAACACGUGGAGACGGCCAAAGUACUCCUGACAGAGGGCGCGCCCAUCGAUGACGUCACAGUCGAUUACCUCACCGCACUGCAUGUCGCGGCUCAUUGUGGACACGUCAAGGUGGCUAAACUGUUGUUAGAUAGAAACGCGGAUGCGAACGCACGAGCGCUGAACGGGUUCACGCCCCUCCACAUCGCUUGCAAAAAGAACAGACUCAAAGUCGUCGAGUUGCUUCUUAAAUAUGGCGCCAGUAAAUCGGCGACCACCGAGUCGGGCCUGACGCCUCUCCACGUGGCGUCGUUCAUGGGCUGCAUGAACAUAGCGCUGGUGCUCAUAGGGGCGGGCGCGGACGCCGACGCCGCCACGGCCCGCGGGGAGACGCCGCUGCACCUGGCCGCCAGGGCGCACCAGACCGACCUGGUCCGGGUGCUCCUCAGGAAUAACGCUAAGGUGGACGCGCGCGCCCGCGAGGAGCAGAGCCCGCUGCACGUGGCGGCGCGGCUGGGGCACGCCGACAUCGCGGCGCUGCUGCUGCAGCACGGCGCCGACGUGGCCGCCACCACCAAGGAUCGGUACACGCCGCUGCACAUCGCCGCCAAAGAAGGCAAAGAAGAAGUAGCGGCUAUACUCCUGGACAACAACGCGCCCAUAGAAGCGGAGACGCGCAAAGGGUUCACGCCGCUCCACCUGGCGGCCAAGUACGGAGACAUCGGCGUGGCGCGGCUGCUGCUGGCCCGCGGGGCGCAGCCCGACGCGCCCGGCAAGAGCCACAUCACCCCCCUGCACAUGGCCACCUACUACGGACACCCCGACAUCGCCUUGCUGCUGUUAGAUAAAGGCGCAUCUCCGCAUUCGUUAGCCAAAAACGGUCACUCGGCUCUGCACAUCGCCUGUCGGCACAACCACCCCGAUAUCGCCUUUGCACUUCUUGAACACGAUGCCGAUCCCGGGGUAAAAUCGAAAGCCGGGUUCACACCUCUACACAUGGCGGCACAAGAGGGACACGAGGACUGCGUCGAGAUGCUCAUCGAGAGAGGAGCUGACGUUAAUGUACCUGCAAAUAAUGGUCUGACUCCGGUGCACCUGGCUGCGUCGGAGGGUCGCACGGGCGUGCUGAAGGCGCUGCUGGCGGCGGGCGGGCAGUGCUCCGCCAAGACGCGCGACGGGUACACGCCGCUGCACGCCGCCGCGCACCACGGUCACCACGCCGCCGCCAGGACGCUCAUCGAUGCCGACGCUGACGUCACAGCUAAAGCCGCGCACGGGUUCACGCCGCUGCACCAGGCCGCGCAACAAGGACACACGCUUAUUAUACAGCUGCUGUUGAAACACAACGCCGACCCCAACGCACUGUCAGCCAACGGUCAGACGCCGUGUGCCAUCGCGGACCGGCUGGGUUACAUCAGCGCGGUGGAGGCGCUGCGCCCCGUCACCGAGAACACGCUCAGUCAGGCCGUCGGGGACACCGGUGGCCUUGAGGGUAAAUACCGCGUGGCAGCACCUGAGCUCAUGCAGGACACGUUCAUGAGCGACUCGGAAGACGAAGGAGGCGAAGUCGAGUGUCCUAUUCAACAGCAACAGCAGUACCGCUACAUGAACAGCGAAGUCGGCACGCUGCACCGGGCGAAACCGCUCGAGGACACGGUCACCGACGGACACCUGUGGCCGAGCAAUAAUGACAAAAAAGUCGCCACGAUGGAACGACAACCAGUCGAUAUUGGGUUUUUGGUGUCCUUUGUUGUUGACGCCCGCGGCGGGGCCAUGAAAGCGAAGCGCCGCGGCGGAGUCCGGAUCAUCGUACCGCCGGCGGCUUGUGCGGCACCAACCAGAGUCACGUGCAGAGCUGCCACCAGACGCGCCCCGGCCGCCGCCCCGCCUCCGCUGAUGGAGGGCGAAGCUCUGGCCUCCAGAUUACUGGAGUUACAACCAGCUGGAGCCAAGUUCUUAGCGCCGGUUAUAAUCGAAGUGCCCAUCUUCACGUCCGCGUGCCGCGACCGCGAGAUCGUCAUCCUGCGUUCAGACACGGGAGAGACGUGGCAAGACCACUACCUGCACAACAAUGACAAUCCUAUGAUACAGGAGGCACUGGAACGCGAGCGCCAGGAGUAUGGCAACAACGGCGAGGCGCUGGGCGAGCGCGGGGAGCGCGUCACGCGCAUCGUCACGUGCGACUUCCCGCACUACCUGGCGUGCGUGUCGCGCGUCCGCCAGGAGGUGCACGUGGUGGGGCCCGAGGGCGGCACCGUCUCCAGCUCGCACAUACCGCAGGUGCAGGCGCUGUUCCCGCCCGCGGCGCUGACGAAGCGCAUCCGCGUGGGCGUGCAGGCGCAGGGCGCGGACGCGGCGCAGCGGGCGCGCGUGCUGCCGCGGCGCGGCGCCGUGUCCGCCGUCGUCACCGUGGAGCCGCGCCGCCGGAAGUUCCACCGCGCCAUCACGCUCACCGUGCCGCUGCCGCAGCCGCAGGAUGGGCAUGAGAAGCCGUCGACCUCCAACUUGCGGCUGCUGUGCUCCAUCAUGGGCGGGCAGGCGCGCGCCGUGUGGGAGGACGUCACCGGCUCCACGCCGCUCACCAUCACCGACGACUGCGCCUCCUUCACCACCACCGUCUCCGCCAGAUUUUGGUUGAUGAACUGCCAGAACGUGAACGACGCUACCAAACUCGCCACUGACUUAUACAGGGAAAUGUUGUUGGUGCCAUUUGACGUUCGCAUCGUGGUGCUCGGCAAGCGGCUGGACCCACUCGAGGGCCGCCUCCUCGUCAUGACCAUCACGGACAGAUACGCCUAUGAAACCUUACUGCAGCAGGAGCACUACACGGAGGUGGCCCACUCCACCAGCGUCCGGCUGCUCGACGGGAAGGAAGUGUACCUGGAGUUCUCCGGGAACCUGGUCCCCGUCACCAAGUCGGGAACUCAGCCCAUGCUGACCUUCGAGGCUUUCAAAGAUAACAGAGCAGAAUUCACGGUGCGCGUCAAACAUCGCGAGGAAAAUCCAUCCGGCAGGAUCUAUUUCAUGAAUGAACCCAAGGUGCCGAAGGGUGAGCAGUCGCAGGCGCCGGCGUGCGUGCUGGACGUGGAGCUCCCGGAGCGCGUGGCGCCCAGAGCCAAGAGCCAGCUCGACUACCUCAACCUGGACCAAUCCGGCUUCGACGCGCUGAAGGAUGAGCUCAGUUUCCACUGGGGCGAGCACAACCACAGCACCGGGCCAGGGUCCUCGCCCUGUGCGCGAGACAAGCAACUCAACGGCCACGACUUAAUUAUUACUAACGGCAAUAUCAAAUACACGAAAGAUGAAGACAUUAUCGAUCCAAAACCACAACUUAACGGCGGAACCUUACAUGUUGACUCCAACAAAGUAAAAGCCACUUUUGAUUCCGACGAGGACAAAACUCCACAGAACACUCUCGAGAAAGGCAAGAAGAAACCUGAAACUAGCUUCCUUGGCGGCUUGGCUGACAAAGUGAAGAACGUGUUCAGUCACAGCGAAGAAAAGGACGAUGAAGAUAAGGAAUCCUCACCGAAACCUCAACCAAAACCUCGCGAGCCCAAAGACAAAAGCCCACCGAAGCCAGCACCCAGAAUCAUAAACGAGGAGCUACUCGGCAAAGUCGAUGAUAUGUUCAAAGACUUACAGAAGAAGCCGCAACAGAAAGAUGACGAAGACCUCACCGAUCACGUCUAUACUACUAAACUAGUAGUCGACGAAGAUGAGAAGCCACCUCUUCAGGAUAUCCAAGAAGAUUUGUACGAACAAUACGCUAAUAUGCAACCUGUUGACACUCCUGUGCAGUACAAAAAGACAGACCCGUUCCAGUUCUAUGUAGGCUGCUGCGAGGGAAGGUUCAAGAAGGGACAAAAACAUCGGCACGAUGAAACCUCCAAUGUGGUCGAUAGAAUCGAGCAAGUUAAUUUCGCAAAACAUGAGAUCAACAACGAACUGGCAGAAGGUCUUGAUAAAUUGGAAAAAGAACAAGAUAAUAUUAAGCAAAAAGUUGGCGACGCAGUUAACGACCAAAUAGGGAAACUUGAUCAUAUCAAAGAUAAUUUGGAACAAAAAGGAGAAGAAUUGAAAACUAGCGCCCAAGAUAAGAUAGAAGAAGUGGAAGAUUCCGCGAAGAAUAAAUUGCACCAGGUUACAGAUGCAGGCAAUAAAAUCAAAGAUGAUAUUAGUACUAAAGUAACUGACGUUAAAGACAAUUUAGUGGAAGAGGCUAAAGACGCGAAGGAAGCUGCGAAAAACGCCAUAAACAGUUUUACAUUACCUGCAGGGAUUGUAAAAGAUAAAGCUAAAAUGAAGGAACUGGCUAUAGAUUUUCUGGCUAGAGAGCAGGCUGAAGAGCAUAGAGUUCGAGAAAUGGAAAUAGCCAAAGAAGCAGAAAAGAAAUUAAAAGAAGCCUCUAAUGAUCUGAUACACAAGAAGAAUGAAGCUGAGAGUGAUAUCAAAAUCGAAGUUAAGAAAACAGCAGCUGCAGUCGUUGAUACUGUCCACGAUCUGCAGGAUGAUCUGUGUAACAAAGCCAUUGAUACUAAAGAAAAUGUUAAAGAAACAGUUGAAAAAGUGAAGGAUGCGACUAAAGGAAAACUUCAAUCUUUGGGCGACUCAUUUGAAGGCGCAAAAGAAAAAGGUAAAAAGGCCACAGAAGAUCUUAAAGCUGAUGCAAAGGCAGCUAAAGAAGAUAUUAAAAAAGAAGGUAAAAAGAAAUCUAAACAAGGAAAGAACUUCUUUACUGGGCUUGUGCAUAACAUUUUUGGGGAAAAGGAGAAAAUUGAAGACGAAAUUAAAGGAAAAAUCUCGGAAGGAAAGGAUUCCGCAAACGAUUUAUUAAACCAAGCUACUGCUAAAAAAGAUGAACUCUCUGAAGAUAUUGCCAAAAAACAACAUGAAGUCACUGAAGAUGCUAAAUCUGUUGUUAAAGGUGCUCAGGACAAAACUGCUGAAGCAGCUAAAGCAUUGAAGGACACGAAAGAUUCUGUUGAAAAAUCACUUCACGAUGAAACCGACAAAGCUAAAAAAGCUGCCGAAGAAGCCAUUCGCGAAACUGAAUCCACUGUUAAGGACAAAACUAAUGAAAUCCAGACUGUCGUAGUAGACAAAACGAAAGAAACCAAGAAUGCCAUUCAGGACAAAGUCACAAAAACGAAAGAUGCCGUAAACAAUAAAACUGAACAGAUUAAAGGUGCCAUUGAUGAUGCUAAAGACGCUGCUUUCGCGAAAGCCUCGGAAGCUAAAAGUGCAAUUGACGACAAGGCCAAUGAAACCAUAAAUACUAUCGAACACAAAACAAAUGAUGUUAAAUCUGCCGCAGCGGACAAAGCGGAUGAACUGAAAGAAACCGCGCAAUCCAUUGCGGCUGAUGCUAAAGAUGCCGCACACGGUGCUAUGCGUCAAAUACAAGACGGGGCUAACUCUGCUAAAACUAGCAUAGAAGAUAGAACUAGUGAAAUUAAAGGUGCUGUAGAAUCCAAGGUCAAUGAAAUUCACAAUAAAGGAAGCGAACUCACCGACGCGGUAUGUGAAAAGACAAGCGACAUUAAAAACACAGCCGUCGCUAAAAGCGUAGCGUUUAAAGAUACAGUCUAUGACGCUGCAGGUGAAGUAAAAGAAGCCGUCCACGAUAAAGCAGGGGACAUCAAAAAUACUAUACAGGAAAAAGCAAACGAAUCUAUUCUAGCCGUGAAAGAUACAACCCAGGCAGUAGGCACUGCAGUAGUCAAUAAGAAAGACGAAAUACAACAAGGCAUUCGUGACCAAGCGAACAAAGCGACCGGCGCUACACAGAGCGAGCUGGACCAAAUAAGACGGGAAGCUGAAAAAACGACAGACGAGAUAAAGAAGUCUGCCGAAGACACGUUAAACGCCGCCGCAAAUAAACGAGCUGAAUUCCAAACUAACGUCAGACGUCAAGUCAACGACAUCUCCGACGCGGGCAGAGACGAGUUGGAGAACUUGCAACAGUCAUCCAAACAGGCGCUCGGUCGCGUGCAAGAUUCAGCCUUAAGCACUUUCGAUAAGGUCGAAAGUUCAACUAAGGAUAAGAUGAACGAAGCGACAGACACAUGGGAAAACUUGCAGAGUUCCACUCGUGAUACGUUUGCUGAUAUCCGGGACAGCGUAGGCAGCUCAACACAGGACACCCUGCGCAGCUUCCAAAGCUCGGCUGGAGAUACCUUCGACAGUCUCGAUGAUUCCGUUAAAGAAGUCUUCGGAGGAGCUCAGUCAGCCGCUUCCAACGUCCGACAAGGCUCUGAAGAGCUGUUCGGAAACGUAAAGGAAUCUUUUGAAGGCUUCCAAGUAUCCGCCGACAAUAAACUUGAAGAUGUAAAGGGUCUAGCUAAAAAUAGGCUAGAAGAGGCGGGCGAGAGGCUCGGCGAGGUUGGGGAGGAGGUGAAGGGGGAUGUGAAACAGACAGAACAAGCCGUGGCGGACUCGUUGACCAAGGAAGCUGAUAGUUUCACGAGCAGUCUCAACAAUCUGGGAAAUUCCGUCUUUGGUUCCUCCGGAAAAGGAUUCAUGAAAGAUUCGAGCACAAAACUACUGGAGUCUGAGAAAGCGCAGUCAUCACAACACAAGAAGAGUUCCGGGUAAGUACCGCCUCCGGUGACUCCCCAUACAAACCCUUAGAGCAUACAUAAGCAAGCUUACUUAUGUAUACUCUAAGUACAAACCACAGUAAUAACUUCUGCCGAGGCAGAUCGGAGUGACACUUUCGUAAUUAAAUUCCGGUUUGAAAACAAAGGCAAUUUGUUAACUUGCUACAAAUUGUCCACUAUUAUUUCCAUAUUAUAUAUACCCAUAGAAAAUAUAUCAAUAAAAGUGUAAUCGAUCAGCGUCAGUAGACAAAUCACGACGGUGUUGUGAAUAUCACAUUAAUGGUAUGCCAUAAACAUGUAUACAAUUGUAAAUAAUAGCACGAGAGCACCGGGUCCUAUUGCGGUGCCGACAGAUCGAGAUCGGACGAGAUAUACAAUAAUAUUUGCAAACUUAACUUCACAUUAUCACAUCAUUAUUGAAAUUGUGAAACAUUUACAAGCUUAGUCGUUUUUUUUAGUAUCACUAUAUUAUUAUCUUGAUGAUAAUAUAAUAUAUAGGUGCUAGGCUGUUUGGUUUAAGUGACAUUUAUCUUUGUAAUUAAAAGUGCAUUUUAUUUAGUAUUAAGCAUCAACAGUUCGAUGUUUUUAAUUAAACCACAUUCGCUUACUCCAUUCAAACAGCUGAAAAAGUUAUUUUUGUUAUGAUUUUUUUUUUCAAAUUUUAAACUUUAAAUGGCACUACUCUAGUGUAAGUGUAGUUUUUACUGGUGGUAGGACAUCUUGUGAGUCCGCACGGGUAGAUACCACCACCCCGCCUAUUUCUGCCGUAAAGCGUUUCGGUUUGAAAGGUGGGGCAGCCGUUGUAACUAUACUGAGACCUUAGAACAUCUCAAGGUGGGUGGCACAUUUACGUUGUAGAUGUCUAUGGGCUCCAGUAACCACUUAACACCAGGCUGUGAGCUCGUCCACACAUCUAAGCAAUAAAAAAAAGUUGCAAAAAUGUCGCUUUAACCAAACACCCUUUCCUUCCUUGGUAUAUAUAGAAAUGUUUCACAUUUUCAUUAUGUUCACGGAUAAUGCACUAACAUCACCCGCACCAUUGCAGAAUACCGAAGCUAAAGCGGAAGAAAUAAUUCUCAGCGAACGAACGUCGAACGCAGAAAAACAAUGUACCAUAUAGUUUUUUAGUUUUACUAUUUAUUAACGUUGUUGCUAUUUACGAAACGAUCCGAUUGUUUACAACUGUGAAAACAAAAACUGAACUCGAGGGUCGUGCACGAGGCAGUCGCGUAUCGAUUUAAUCGAAUAAAUAAACAAAUCGAUUUCAUUAAAAGUCGCGUAUCGAUUUAAUCGAAUAAAUAAACAAAUCGAUUACAUUAAAAGUCGCGUAUCGAUUUAAUCGAAUAAAUAAACAAAUCGAUUACAUUAAAAACGUCUCGAUUAAAUUACGAAUGAUAAAACAACCCUCGAGAUACAAUUUAGUGAUCUCGUAAUGUUUAUAUAAGGAGAGAAUCGAAUUCAAAUAUUUAAUUACACAUUUCUUUUUAUUUAAUUUUGAAACGAUCGUUUUGUUUGCGAUACAAUGUAAAUGUUGAAUCUAUGUUCCAGUGGAUCUUAUAAGAUUUAUUAUGUCUAUAAGAAACAAUUACAUAUUAGUGAGUUUGUCGUACGCUAAGUACUAUUAAGUACAAAAACGAGUAUUUACGCGUCAAAUAUUUUAAUUCUUGACUAAUAUUUAACUAGAUUUCUUAGAAAUCUUUUUUUUUUCUAUUCGAUGUUAUUUGAAGUUUUCUUUUUUAAAUUUUAAAUCAGCGAGAUUUUAUAUACAUUGUUAUAAUUUAUACGAGAUAUUUUAACGAAGUUAAUUAUUUGUCUUUAAUCUUGCCUCGUAAAGAUGAUUGUGUAUAAUUCAAUUCUCAUAGAAUUUAACGAGAUGUUAAUUAAAAAUCAAACAAAAGCAUUUUGACAUUUACGAAAAAUAUAUAUUAAUCGAUAUUAUUACUAUUUUUUACGUAAUCGAUGUUUAUAAUUUGCUUGGAAUAGUUUAGGCUAAAGCUGUUUGGAAUUUUAAAUGUCUUAUCACAUAGAUCUGCUAGCAUAUUUAUUGUACCUUAUAAUCGAAUGCGAAUAUAUUUUAUUUGAUUGCUUGAUUCUUGAUUCAUGUCACAAAGGCGGCAAACUCUUUAUAGAUCGUUGAGAAGCAUUUCCGAUUCACAUUAAACUAAUUUACUUUAGAGAUGUGCAAUCAUAACAUCGAUUAAAAGUAUCGAUACAAAAAAAAAAGUUGAUUAGUUUAAUGUGAACUACUGAUAUAUAAAUAAAUAUAUUUUAUUUAACACGGCGCUUUGUUGCUUGUGAAGUCUCUCUGUAAGUUAUCAAAUGUAAGAUAUUAUAUGAGAAAGUUCUCGAAA